UUACGUUGGGCCUUCAACAGUGGGCAAUGGCAGCCUACAAUGGAGCAAUUUGUGACUGCCCUGUCCAUGAUACAACAGGAAGAGAGGAAGAAAGUGUCAGGUUACCUCUUCAAAAGGGAUGUCAAGUCAGCACUGACAGGGAGACUGAUGAUCAGGGCAGCUGUCAGAAAAGCAUUAAGCUUAAAAAAUGUAGACAUCAAACUCCAAAGGACAGACAAUGGUCGACCAUUUCUGGAACAAACCUCUGGCACAAACAGCAAUUUUGAUUUUAACAUAUCCCACCAGGAUGAAUUAGUCGUGCUAGCUAGUGAGUUUCACGGCAGAAUUGGAGUUGACACAAUGGCAAUUGACAGACCAAUUGGAAGUAAAUCACUUGACAAAUUUUUUGAAACCAUGAAGAGACAAUUUAAAAUGAAUGAGUGGAAGUUUAUCAAAUCUGCUCCUUGUGACAAAAGCAAACUUUUCAAUUUUUUAAGACUUUGGUGCAUGAAAGAAAGUUAUGUGAAAGCAUUAGGAGAUGGAAUAGGAUUCCAAUUAUCCAGAAUAGAA